GGGGUGGGGUCGGUCCCGGGCCCGGUGUCGGCAGCGGCCCUGGAGGCGUCCGCCAUGGAGCAGUGCGUGACGGUGGAGCGGGAGCUGGAGAAGGUGCUGCAGAAGUUCUCGGGCUACGGGCAGCUGUGCGAGCGGAGCCUGGAGGAGCUCAUCCAGUACGCGGGGGGGCUGCGCAGGGAGAUCCUGCAGAGCGAGAAUCAAGAUGGAGACUUGUCAGGGACGAUUUCACUGGUCAUGACGCAGUGCUGUAAGAGGAUAAAGGACACAGUUCAGAAACUGGCCUCCGACCACAAAGACAUUCACAGCAGCGUAUCCCGAGUUGGAAAAGCCAUUGACAAGAAUUUCGACUCUGACAUCAGCAGCGUGGGGAUAGACGGGUGCUGGCAGGCUGACAGCCAGCGAAUCCUCAACGAGGUGAUGGUGGAGCACUUCUUCCGACAGGGGAUGUUGGAUGUAGCCGAGGAGCUUUGUCAGGAAUCCGGUCUGUCAAUAGAUCAAAGUCAGAAAGAACCAUUUGUGGAGUUAAACCGAAUAUUGGAAGCGUUAAAAGUUAGAGUUCUGAGACCUGCUUUAGAGUGGGCGGUAUCCAACAGAGAAAUGCUCAUGGCACAGAAUAGUUCGCUGGAGUUUAAGCUACACAGAUUGUACUUCAUUAGUUUAUUGAUGGGUGGAACAGCAAAUCAAAGAGAAGCACUUCAGUAUGCAAAAAAUUUCCAGCCGUUUGCCCUAAAUCAUCAGAAAGAUAUUCAGGUUUUGAUGGGCAGCCUGGUGUAUCUGAGGCAAGGUAUAGAGAACUCUCCGUACGUUCAUCUAUUAGAUGCAAAUCAGUGGGCGGACAUCUGUGACAUCUUCACAAGAGAUGCCUGUGCUCUUCUGGGUCUCUCAGUUGAAUCACCUCUCAGUGUUAGUUUUUCAGCAGGGUGUGUAGCAUUACCAGCUCUAAUUAAUAUCAAAGCAGUUAUCGAGCAAAGGCAGUGCACAGGUGUUUGGAACCAGAAGGACGAACUACCGAUUGAAGUGGACCUUGGUAAAAAGUGCUGGUAUCAUUCAAUAUUUGCCUGUCCCAUUCUCCGUCAGCAAACAACAGAUAACAACCCACCUAUGAAAUUAGUCUGUGGUCAUAUUAUAUCAAGAGAUGCUUUGAAUAAAAUGUUUAAUGGCAGCAAAUUAAAAUGCCCCUAUUGUCCGAUGGAACAGAGUCCCGGAGACGCCAAACAGAUAUUUUUCUGAAGUAAAAGUUUCCUUAUGCAGUUCGUAAGUGACACUCUGAAUUUCAGGUGCAUUUCAGGAGAAUUAAAACACACCUGUUCCAUUUUAUGCAGCAGACUGAGGACUCCUAUGUUUGUAUAAGCUAAUGCUACAGAAACUUUGCCAACAUUUAGUAUAUACAUACCAAGUGGAAAUGCUACAGAAAUAUUAUUACCAUAGGGCUUUACCUAUACUCUUGGUCUCCAUACCUGAUCAAGUUACUACACCAGCAGUUGUCAUUCGAUGCAGGUUUUUGUACUUAAUUAUAUGGUGACUUUUUACUUUUUAAAGGCAGAAAUUGAUCACCUCCCCCAUUUGUUUAAUAUUCUUCCUGCUAUCAUUCUAUCGAUAACUGUCACCUUAGAGAAUGUUUGUGGAAAAAGUUUUAUUUCCUGUAAUGUGUAUAUAAUUAAAGGUAAAUACUUCAGAAAAAAAAAAGUUUGAUAAACUGAAUAGUGGUUAUAAAACUAACUUGUAUUUUUUUCGCUGAAAAAGCUGUGAUAUAUUCUGAGUUUUUCUUUCAAGCAUUUUUUCAACUUUUACAUAGAAUUCAAAGUAAAUGUGCAUAUAUAUAAAAUAUAUUAAAUAUAUAGCCCUGAGGGGCUACCCGUUAAAAUCCAUCACUAAUUUAUAAGGGUGGUGUGUGGAUAAAUUACUACUGGAACAGAGAGGGAAUAGGAAAUCCUGUUCCUUUGGUUUCGUGAUCAAGAAAUGUUUGUGUAAGAGAAUAUUCAAUAAAACGAAAUUCUGAAGUGGAAA